AACUGAUUGCGGCAAAACAAAGAAAACGCAGAGAAAAAGUUAACGCAAUUAAACGUAGUAAAAAAGCCUAGACUAUUUUCAUAACAAGAAGCAGUGAGUCACAAAAAAAAGCUUUCCGGCCACAAUGGCAGAUACCCGUAAAGACGCCGCGCCGCCGAGCUACGAAGAAGUCAUGAACAGUCCCUCGCAGGAUUCCCGGCUGAUAGUGGGCGUGCAUCAGGGAGCACCUAGUGCUCCGCCACCAAACAUGCACAUGCCAACCUACGGAGCUUUCGAGACGACGCCGGUCAGCGUGGUGAUUCAGCCUGCUCCGGUCGCUAUGCCCACCGAGAUCAUCGUGAUUGGAGGAUGCCCUGCAUGUCGGAUUGGAUACCUGGAGGACACCUUCUCCGCCUGCGGACUGUGCUGCGCAAUCUUCUUCUUCCCGCUGGGAAUUCUCUGUUGCUUGGCCAUGCGUGAGAAGCGCUGUUCCAACUGCGGAACGGUUUUCUAGAGGGGAUUACCCAGAAAUUAUCCAUAAAGAAACGCUAAAAGUUGAUCCCUAUUAGGCUUUCGCGGUGGGUGACUAUCACAAAGCACCAAUAUUUUUGUUAUUGUUAAUCGUUAGCUCGCAAAUCAUUAUAUACUAUGUGUAAAUAUUAUUCAUGCCAGCCUGCGGAAUGCCCCCGAUUCCAUUCCAGUCCCUGUCCGGAGAAUGGUCAUGUACAGUGAAAUAUGCUAAACUCGAAUUCAAAUCAGUAAGCCCAGUUAUGAAAAAAAUGCUAAAAAAAAUCAGUUGAACAUGUUUUCCAAUUGAAUAGUGAUUUGGCUUUUUACAAGGAUUUUAAGUAACAUAAGUUUUAAACUGCAAACAAAAGAAAAAAUAUUUAUAUAUUUAAAUAAAAGGUUUACAACAUGUUUAUUAUAUCUUAGAGUAAUGGUACGCAGAUAUAAUGACUUGGACGGUUUUAGAUAUGAACUAGGUUGUACAAAACUUCAUUAGUUCUUGAUUUGUGAAUAAUUUGACCCACUGUUGCAUUUCGUGAUUAUAGAACUUUUACUGUACUUGUAAAAUGUGCACUGUAAGCGUCGACGAGGCGCGCUUCCGUUAAAUUCAAUUGAAAUAUAAUGGAGGGCGGUUUUGAAUUGCGCCGCCCGUCCGAUUUCUCUUCUCCAUGCUCUUUGGACUUUACCGCGCAAAACAGU